AUGGUGGCCGCCGCCAGCGCAGCCUUCGUCUCCCCCGUCUCCUACGCCGCCGCUCCCGUGGUCCACUCGGCUCCGUUAGUCCACGCCCCCUUGGCCAAGGUGGCCGUCGAUGAGUACGACGCUCACCCCCAGUACAGCUUCGCGUACGACGUGCAGGACGGUCUCACCGGGGACUCCAAGUCGCAGCACGAGAGCCGCGACGGUGACGUCGUCCAGGGCUCCUACUCGCUGGUCGACCCCGACGGCACCAGGCGCACUGUCGACUACACCGCCGACCCGCACAACGGCUUCAACGCUGUAGUCCGCAAGGAGGCCAUCGGUGUUAAGGUGGCCGCGGUGGCACCUGUCGCCAAAAUCGCCGCCCCAGUCGCCAGGAUUGCCUCUCCUUACCCUUACGCCGCCGCUCCAGUCGUCCAUGCGGCUCCCAUCGCCUCUGCUUACCCUUACUCCGCCCCUAUCUACCACCAC